AUGCACAACAAAAUCAGUCUUCUCCUUUUACUAAUACUAUUGAGCAUUCCAAACCACCAAGUAUGUAGUACACACUGCGUUCCAUCAAACAACGAUACGAAGAUAGAUAACGAGAUUUUAGUAGGAGUGGGAGUCAUUCUUGAUCUAGAGUCAUGGAUUGGGAAGUCCAUUCAUAUCUGCAUUAGCAUGGCCAUAUCUGAUUUUUAUGCUCUUAAUCACAAUUAUAGAACAAAGAUAGUCCUUCACACAAGGAACUCCAAGGGAGAUCCAAUAGAGGCUUUAUCAGCUGUUGAUGAUCUUCUGAACAACGUAAAGGUGAAAGCGAUCAUAGGGCCAGAAACGCAUCUUCAAUCCAAGUUAUUGGCCUUGUUUGCUGAUAAAGUGAAAGUGCCUAUUUUUUCGUUUGCUGGUUCAUCCUCAACCCAAUACCCCUACUUUUUCCAAAUUAAAGAAGACGAAUCCAGUAUGGCUAAAGGGAUAUCUUCUCUUAUGAAAUCAUAUAAAUGGAAGAAUGCUACAUUCGUUUAUGAGGACACGGAUGAUGAGCGGGAGAUCUUACCUUAUCUGAUUGAGUCAUUACAUGAGAAAAACAUCCAUAUCACUUACAAAAGUGCGAUCUCUUCCUCUGCCACGCCUGUUGAAAUUACCAAAGAGUUGCAAAAACUUAUGACUUUUCACACAAAUAUACACAUUGUACAUAUGUCACCUUCACUGGCAUCUAGCUUUUUCUUAAAUGCAAAAAGGUUAGGAAUGGUAAAGGAAGAAUAUGCAUAUAUUUUAACAGAAACGACAGCUGAUGUCCUACGAUCAGAAAAAUUUGAAGUUAUGGAGUCAUUACAAGGGGCAAUAGGUUUCAGGUCGUACGUUCCAGCAUCAAGCAGACUUUAUAAGUUAACAGCAAGAUGGCAGAAGUUUUUCUACAGAAAGUACCCAACAAUGGUCACGAAAGAGGUGCCUGUGCCUGCCAUACGUGCAUACGAUACAAUUUGGGCACUCGCCGAGUGUGUGGAGAAAGUUGAGGUCCCACAUAACGGCGCUUCACUUUUGAACGAAGUUUUAAAAAUGAAAUUUAAGGGUGUAAGUGGUGAAUUCCAACUUAGUGAAGGAAAAGUGCUCUUCAAUGGGUAUGAGAUUAUGACUUCCAUCGACUAUUCUGAGACAAGAAUAGGAUAUUAUACACUUUCAGAAGGAAUCAGAAGAGUCGAUCGCAAAAUUAACAGUGUCCAUCUGUAUUCAGGUGUAGAUACAGAGGCUGCAACCUGGAGGGAAGGGUCUACAACAGGUCGGGUAUUACUAACAACUUCCAGUAAAAAGUUAAAAAUUGGUGUUCUAAAGAUAAAAAACUUCAAGUACUUCAUGGAUUUAAAACAUGAUGCUGAAACAAAUAGUAUAAUUCCCACCGGGUUCUCUAUUGAUGUUUUCAAUACUUGCAUUCGUGCGUUACCGUAUGAAGUACCUUACACGUUUAUUUCAUACGAGAAUGCUACUUAUGACGAUCUUGUAAGGAAAGUCUAUAAUAAGGAAAUCGACGCAGUUGUGGGUGAUUCAACAAUAUUGCCCAACAGAUCUGAGUUUGUUGACUUUACCGCGACUUACUCAGACAUGGGUGUAGGAACACUAGCAAGAAUUAAGAAAAAAGACAUGUGGUUCUUCUUGAAGCCACUGGAUGUCGGUUUAUGGCUAACUGCUAUUGCUUCUCUUUUUAUAACUGGUUUUGUUAUAUGGGCUAUUGAAUGUAUGCAUCCAGGAUCUGAAUGUUCGCCUUCUCAGCAAAUUGGAACAAUCUUCUGGCUUAUCCUAUUGACCAUAUUCUAUGCUCAAAGAGAGAAGUUGUCAAGCAAUAUGUCAAAAUUUGUAAUGUAUGUUUGGUUACUCGUGGUGCUUAUCUUGAUCACUGGCUACACGGCAACAUUGGCUUCACUAUUGACCGUCGAGCAAUUUGAAUUGGCAUCAAAUAGGGGAAUUGUGGGGUUUCAUGGAAACUCUUUUAUGAGAGGAGUAACAGUCAGCAACUUGCACUUCGAAGAUCAUAAGCAUCGGGCAUAUUAUUCGUAUGAGGAUUAUGCACAUGCUUUAUCGGAAGAUGGUGAGGCGGAUGCCAUUGUUGAUGAAAUUCCAUACAUCAAGAUGUUUCUUGGCAUAUAUGCAGGGGACUAUGCUUUGGUCUCCUCUCAUCAAAUCACUUCUGGCUUUGGCUUUAUCUUUCGAAAAGGCUCACCAUUGGUACAAGACAUGUCAAGAGAAAUCGCCAAAUUGAGGCAAGAUGGAACUCUAGAGAGUUUAGAGAAAAAAUGGUUUGAAAAGAGGUUUUCGAUUCUAUCCCGGAAUUCUACAAUGCCAAAAGUCUUAAAGCUUGACAGAUUUGGUGGUCUGUUUAUUAGUAAUGGAAUCAAUUUGGCUGUAGCUCUAACAGUCUCCGCAAUUUGCCUACUUUAUACAAAAAUGAAGAUCCUAAAUAUAAUUUCUUUUGUACUUGGGCGCGAUUUCAUGGCUGCUAUAAGGUAUCUGGUAACUAGAAAACCCAUCGGUCGAUCCUGACAUGACUGACCAUUGUUUGAUUGACGUUAACAGUUAAUAGUUCGAUAAGUUGUAACUUGUAUUAAUGUAAUAUUGCGGCUGGAACAAACACAUACAAUCCUGAAUCAAA